AUGUAUCCCAGGAUUAAAAUCCUCACCCUUUACGCCUUUUCAGUCAUGCUGCUGGCGUGGGUUUUUUACAUGAAGAAAGAGGCGAAGUUGCCAGCGUCGACCGGAGUAGCGAACCGCAAACCCAAGUCGUUGGUUCUGGACAAUGCUGAACCCAGCAAGUGUUUGCCAAACUUGACCUUCGCCAAUUCUUCUCUCAACCUCCCGGAGCCACAUCGCAUCUUCUUAACUUAUAAGCACUGCCGGAACUUCUCAGUCCUGCUGAGGGGGAAGGAGGUCUCCAUCGGUGGCAAGCGCAUCAGGCUGGUGUUCCUUCUAGGGCACUCGGAGACCAAACUCCAGGUACAGCCCCUGCACCAGCUGCUGGCAUACGAGAGCCGGCAGUUUGGCGACAUCUUGCAGUGGGAUUUUGUUGACAACUUCUUCAACUUGACCCUCAAGGAGCUGCAUUUCCUCCGCUGGUUCAUGGAGGACUGCCUGCACGCCAGGUUUGUGCUGAAGGGCGAUGACGAUGUCUUUGUCAACACUUAUAACAUUGUUGAGUUCCUCCAGGAACUGGACCCUGAGCAGGAUCUCUUUGUUGGGGAUGUGAUCGCCAACGCCCGGCCCAUCAGGAACACCAAGGUCAAAUACUUUAUUCCAGAGUCCAUGUACAGCGUCCCCUUCUAUCCUCUCUAUGCGGGGGGAGGGGGCUACGUGAUGUCUCGAGAGACGGUGCGCCGCCUCCAGAGCACCGCAGAGGACAUGGAGCUCUUCCCAAUUGACGAUGUCUUCGUGGGAAUGUGUCUGGCAAAGAUGGUGGUGACCCCGAAGAACCACUCUGGCUUCAAGACUUUCGGGAUCCAGAGACCCUUCAACCCUUUCGAUCCCUGCUUGUACAAAAAGCUGAUGAUUGUGCACAGACUAAACCCAACCGAGAUGUGGAUCAUGUGGACGCUGGUGCAGGAUGACAGCAUUAGGUGUGCGGUGUCAGUAACGCACAGCUACAGAAGGGGUUGGGGAAGAAGCCCCUGA